UCCAAUUCCAUAUCAGUGAUGUCAACUCAGAAGCUGUCCAAAUUCCCCACCGUCUCUGCCUGCAGGAAUCCCUCCGAUCUCCAUUUCUCGAGAUCUUGUUUUACAAGGUAUGUUUUCUAGCUAAACCAGAUCUACAAAUUUUAUCACCUCGCUUUUAAUUCACAAAUUUUUGCGUAUUUUAUUUCUCUAUUUCAUUUUUUAAUACAAAAUUUACAAAUUAGACAAUAAACCAUGAAUUCCAAUUACGGAAAACCUAAAGGAUCAACAUCCGGUUCACUCAAUAACUUCAAUUUUGAUCUCGAUCUCGGUCUCGGGUCUGGUCGGCCCAAGUCACUUAAUGACCAAAAAAACAGAACCACGUCGUCGUUUCAAUCUUCAUAUUCAUCGUCGACGACAACACAGACUCAAUCAAAGCCCACGUGGCAGCCAAACAAGCCAUCGUGGACUCAUCAACCGGCGCCGAGUCAGUCCGGGGUACAAAAUGCACCCACUUCAAUGGUGGGUGAUAUACGUGGCAAGAGUUGGCCGGCAAAAUCAAGUUCUGGGAUUGGGAUUGGAAUAGUUGAUAAGAAUCCUAAUCUGUUUGGUGAUCUUGUUAGCUCUGCUUUAGGUCAGGGUAAGAGUAAUAGUAAUGUUCCUUUGAAAAAUGCAACACCGGUGGCAUCCAAUAAGAGUUCAUAUUCGAAGGGGAAUUUGGCUGAUUCAUUACCGAAAACGAGUAAUUCAUCGAAAAGUAGUGGAAAUUGGGGGUCUGGAGAGAGUUUUGGGAGUUAUACUGGUGGAUUUAAUAGUAGUGGUGGUAGUAAUGUGAAUGCAAAUGUGAAUGUUAAUGCUAAUGUUAAUAAGAGUUCGAAUCUUGGGGGUCAGUCGAUGAAGAGCAUGACUGGAAAUGGGAUGCGUGGUAAUAAGGAUCCAUUUGGUUCUCUGUUUGAUAUGGGAUCGAAGCAAUCGGGUAGUCUUAAUUCAGCAAGUAAAGGGGAUAAUAACAGUCGUGGUGUUGAUUCUUUUGGAGAGUUCCAGAAUGCCUCUAAACCCAGUACAACAGCAUUCCCUUCAAGCGGUGUUGCUUCAAGUAAUAAUGAUUUUAUGGCAUCAAAUUUGGGCUCUGAUUUUGGGGCAUUCAAGGAUCAUGGUUCUCAGAAUAAGUCCUCUGGUCAAAGUCAAAGUACUGGUGGCGAUCCACUUGACAUGUUCUUUUCCUCAUCGUCAGCUGCAACAGGAAGUGCUGCUACUGCAUUUAGUGGAGGGCAGCAGUUUUCAGAAGAUGAUUGGGGAUUGGAAUCCGAUUUUGGAGGAGGAAACGAUACUGGCGGUACUACCACUGAGCUUGAAGGGCUGCCUCCUCCUCCAGCUGGGGUAACUGGUGCUGCUGCAAAGAACAAGGGUAUAGAUAAUCAAAAGGCAGGCCAAUAUGCUGAUGCCAUUAAGUGGUUGUCUUGGGCUGUUAUACUUUUUGAGAAAUCAGGUGAUGAGGAUGCUACAAAGGAUGUUUUAUCGACUAGGGCUUCAUGUUAUAAAGAAGUUGGGGAGUAUAAGAAGGCUGUGGCUGACUGUUCAAAGGUGCUAGAACAAGAUGAAGCAAAUGUAUCCAUUCUUGUACAGCGUGCACUCCUGUAUGAAAGCAUGGAAAAGUAUAAACUUGGGGCCGAAGACCUGAGGACUGUUCUGAAGAUUGAUCCUAUUAACCGGAUUGCAAGAAGUACCAUUCAUCGCUUGGCAAAAAUGGCAGAUUAGAGAGGUUUUGGGAUUAUUUUUUGUUGUUUGUAUUAGCUCCUUUAUUUAGCUCAAUGCCUUUUCCCCUCCCACUAUACGAAGUUGUGGGGAAUUAUAACAAUUUUCCAUGAUACGUGGAUUUGAUAUGAUCAUUGUGUCCUUCUGGAGGAUUUUACAUGUAUGAUGUGUUUGAUAUCUUUUAUUGUUUUGUGACUGGAAAUGAUUUUUCUUUGUUGCCAUAAAAUGGUUUUCAAAAUUUGCAGUUGGAUUGUCAAGUGUACUGUUUUUUUUUCAUAUAUAUGAAACUAUUAAAUC